AUGGCGAUGGAUACGUCAAAUAAGUCUUUGACAUCAUUACUGGAGAAGAUGGUGGCAGCUGAUACUGAUUACCGAUUUAUGGCUAUGAAUGAUCUUAUCAAUGAAUUACAAGUGAACACCCUUCGUUUGGAUCUCCAAAGUGAAAAGAGAGUUGUUGGACUCAUUCUUCGUCUUCUGAGGGAUCCUAGUGGUGAAGUUCAAAGUCUUGCAGUAAAAUCACUAGGUCCUUUAGCGACUAAAGUAAAAGAACAGCAGAUUAUUACCAUCGUCAAAGAUCUUGUUGGAACUAUGGAAAAAGGAGGCGAAGGACAGCUUCGUAGCAUUUGUAGUAUUGGUCUCAAGACUGUUGUUAAUGCUUUACCGAAUGCAACUGAUAUGGUAGUAGUUCAAUCAGCUGUUCGUGAAGCCAUCUCUCCAUUAUUACAUAUGGUUAUGUCACAUCAAGAUGAUAAUGUACGCGUUGAAGCUUGUGAAGUUUUAGCUGAAAUUAUUAAUCAUUUUGGAAAUCUUUUGACAAGUUAUCACUUGGACUUACUGGAUUGCAUGAUCACUUGCCUUGGAUGUCCACAAACUACUCUACGUAAACGUGCUAUUCAAGCAUUGGGUUAUUUGUCAUGGAUUAUACCACAGAAAUAUUUCAGUUCACUUGUUAGCUUCCUCCUUUUCCGUUUACAAAUGAGUCCAUUUUUAACAUCAAAACCAAUGGAGAAAUUCGACGAUCACUUGUCAAAGCUGAUUACUGAAAAUACAUUGUUUCAACGACCACAUUUAUUGGAACAACUAAAACAAGUACCUUCUGUUGAUGUUAUGAAAACCUUACUUCAAUGCUUCAAUGUUGUUUCUCGUCAACUUCAACGUUCACCUCAUUGUAUUCCAUCAGUACUCCAACUACUCAUAUCGAUUGCAUACAGUUCAAAUACAAAUAAUCCAGAACAGGAUGAUAUUGUAGAGUUAGUUAUUCAAGUAUUGGAAACAAUAAUUCGACGUUGUCCUAGAGCAAUUUCACCUUCUCUUCCUGAACUGAUUAAUUUACUAUGUGAACGCUUGCAAUACGAUCCAAAUUAUGAUUAUGGUCUUGUUGAAGAUGGAGAUGAUCAAAUGGGCGUCAAUAAUAAUGAUGUCGAUUUCGAAGAUGAUAAUGCUGAUGUUGAUGCUGAUGAUGAUGACGAUGAAGAUGGAGAAUAUUCCGAUGAUGAAGAUGUAUCAUGGAAAGUUAGACGUGCUGCAGCGCGUGCUUUAGAGGCAAUUAUCUUAGUUUUCACUGAAAUGACUGCUAAUUUCUAUGUAUCUAUUGCCCCUUUGUUGAUAAAACAAUUCAAUGAACGUGAAGAAUCUGUACGUUUAUCUAUAUUCUCAUGCCUUAGUGCGUUGUUGCGUCAAACUCGACUAACAUCAACUAUUCAUUUGAAUACCACUAUUACUAAUGGAUCUGUUGCUGUCAACCAACAGAAUAGUCCAAGAUCUUAUGAAAGUACAUUAUUUGUAUCUGAAUCUACCUUGGAAGAGCUAAAACUGCAUUUACAAGAUCCUAAUAGUGCUCAGUCACGAUUACUUUCUCUGUUGCCGACAUUGUAUCGUGGCAUUGAAAAGCAAACAUCUCAAUCGAUAAGCAAUAAAAUGAAAUCUCAAAAUGCUAAUCGAGUUUUAUCGGUUUAUCGACAUACUGCGUUUAUGUUGAAUCGUGAUUUGGCUCUAGCUUUACCAGGUCAAUUAGGCGCUUAUUUGAAUAAUAUAUUAAUGAUAAUAAAAAUUUCGUCUGAUGAUCCGAAUACAAAUCAUACUGCAAAAAUGGAAAUGAUUAAUGUUCUUGUCCUUCUGUUGAGUACACAUCCAGCUAGUUAUUUUGAAUCAAAACUUGAUCUUCUCGUUCAAUUAACAGUACAAUCGAUUAACAAUUCAUUUUAUCGUGUUGCUUUGGAAGGUCUGGAUUUGUUACAACUUCUAUGUACACAUUUGAAAAGCUUAGGCGGUGAAAAAUAUGCUCAAGUUUUAUUUACUCCACUUUUCAAUCAAUUAAAAGCUACCGAUCGUGAUCUUGAAUUGAAGGAGAAAGCUAUUACAGUGACUGCAGUAUUUCUUUCACAAAUCGGUUACAUGGUUGAAUCGAAUAUUAACGAUUGUUUAGAUUUGAUAUAUCGACGUCUAACAAAUGAAUUAACUCGGUUGGCUGCAGUUCGUGCUAUACAGAUUAUCGCUUCAUCACCUUUGCAAUUGGAUUUAUCAAAAUUUCUGCCUGGUUCAUCGCAUGAAUUAGGAACAUUUUUAUCAAAAAAUGAUCGUAAUUUGCGUAUGAUAACACUUCGUUGUUUAUAUACAAUUUUAUUAAAAUAUCCUAAUAGUUUGGAUGAUAAUUGUAUAAUGACUAUAUUGAAUUUAAUGCCAAAAUUAUUAAUUACCGAACAUGAUUUACAAACAACACAACUCGCUCUUCACCUUACCUCCUUAUUCUUGGAAUCACCUAAUCCUUUAGCUAGUCAAGUUUUUCAGAUUGUUAUACAAGAACCAUUUCUCGAAUGUCUCAUCAAUUUAGCACAUUCCCCAUUAUUACGUGGUCAAGCUUUGGAUGGAAUGCUUCGUUUAAUGCGUGCUUUUGGCCAUCUUAAGAAAACAGAUCCAAAUGGCCGACAACAGUUGACGCUCUUUUUAUCGCGUUUACUUGAUCCCAUUGAAAAUAAUCAUAUUAAUAAUAAUACUUCUUUGUUUGGUCACAACUCUGCUAUUAGCAGUAGUAAUAAUAUUAAUAAUACUACACCGAAUCGAACUUCUAGUAUACAUCGAGAUGCUUUGCCUAGUUUAGCUCAAUGUAUGGCUGCCCUGUUAGCUGAACUACCAAUGACUUCAUCAAAUUCACCAUCAUUAUCAUCAUCUCAUUUCGAUGGUUUACUGAGUAGUGUAAACAAUGUGGUUGAUCAAUUAUUAAUAUCUGUCAAGGAUCCUUCUACAUCUCCAACACAAUUAUAUCUGAAUUUGCUUAUUUUGGGUGAAUUAGGUCGUAAAGUUGAUUUGAGUUCACGUACCGAUCUUCGUGAUCUAUUAAUUUCUUGCCUGUCAUCAACCAAUAAUUCACCUUAUUACCAACAAACACCUCAUACUCCAACCGGUUUAUCUCAUUCUACAAUAUCAUCCAAUGGAUUUAUGGUCAGCGAAGAAGUUAAACCAGCAGCAGCGUUAAGUUUAGGUCGAAUGGUUGUUGGUAAACCAGAAAUUCUUUUGCCACCAUUAAUUGAAAGCAUUUCACAAGCUGUAAAACACCAUAUGCAACUGACAAACACCUCAGGAUCUCUUACUAGCAUCAGCAGUAUCGGUGCCAGCAGUGGUAGUAAAAAUAACACAAGUCAACAUCAAUUAUAUUAUUUAAUUCAAGCUCUCAGAGAGGUUCUUGUUAAUCUUGCUGGUCUGGAUCCUAAUCAAUCUUUGAAACAUUAUCUAGAUUCAAUGUGGUCCCUUUUAUUAGCGUGCUCUGGUUUAUCGGAAGAGGGUACACGAAACCUAGUCUCAGAAUGUCUUGGCCGAUUAACGUUGGUCGAUCCUCCGCAACUAGUUGGUCGUCUACGUCAACAGCUGAAUUCACCUGAGGCUUCAUCGUCAGUUUUAAUGCGUUCAACAUUAGUUACUGCGGUGAAAUUCAUUCUAAUCGUUACUGAUUUAGACGCGGGUACAAUGACAAAAUAUACCGGUCGUAUGCGUUACGAUCUACCAGACGUAACAUAUUUUACGGUCCCAUCUCAGGAAACUCCUAUGCCAUCACCUGUGACUAAUGACAUUGAAUCAGCUCUACGAGCUGGUAAUCCUCCUGCAUUGAUAGAUUUUCUUGGUCGUCUUGCAGAUCAGGAAUUAUCAGUUCGACGUGCAGCUCUUGUUGCAUUGAAUACUGUGGCACAUCAUAGACCUGGUCUUGUACGUCCAUUACUUAAUAUACCUAUACAAUUGCCUGGUUCAUCAGAAACAUCAACUCUAUUAGAUAUGUUAUGUGCAGAAACAGUUAUACGAAAAGAAUUGAUCCGUGAAGUAGAGAUGGGUCCAUUCAAACAUCAUGAAGACGAUGGUUUAGAUUUGAGGAAGUGUGCAUUUGAAUGCAUGUCCACACUAUUAGAGACAUGUUUAGAUAAACUUGUAAUACCGAAUUUUCUGGAAUCAUUAAUUGAUGGUCUACGUGAUCAUACUGAUAUAAAAUUAUUAUCUUAUCAAAUACUUCAACGUAUUUCAAUAAUAAGACCAAUGGAAAUAUCUGCUAAAAUGGAAAUUUUAGCUGUACCGUUAAAAGCGGUUCUUUUAUCCAAACCUAAAGAUGAUUGGGUUAAACAAGAAAUGGAGAAAAUGCAAGAAUUAAAUCGAAGUGCUAUUGGAUUGAUAGUCAGUUUAAGAAAUAUUGAUGAUAUUGAUAAAAAUCGUCAUUAUGUCGAAUUAUUACGUAUUAUUAAUGCAGAUUCUAAUUUAAAAAAUAUUUAUAUGCAAAUUUUGUCCACUGAAAAUUAUUCUACUAAAAAUAAUCUAUCAACAUUGACAACAACACAAACAACCGGUGAAUAUGGAAGAAACACUUCUUCAUCAUGUUCUCUUACUGGUGAUGGUAGUGGUGGUGGUGGUGGUGGCGGCGCUGGAUUUAUCGGUAAAUUCUCAUCGACACGUUCAUGAUUUAUCCGACUUUACUAUUUUAAAUCGGCAAUAUUUUUUAGUUUAUCCAUUGAGUCAUGGAUUCACUAACAAUCAAACAAACAAACACGCAUACACACACACACAACACACAAGGUCUUUUUCCCGCUUGUAAACACUUUGAAUCGAAAAAGAAAGUAUAAACAUUGUUUUGUGUCUUCUCACUUACACCAUCUGAUGAAAAGCAAAAAAAAAUUUUUUUUUAAAUACAUGUACCUUAAUAACAAAA